AUGAAUGAUGUUGUGGCUCGACUGGCGGAACAAGGGAUUGUAUGGGAAGUCAUUCCACCCAGAGCGCCUCAUUUUGGCCGUCUGUGGGAAGCAGCCGUUCGAUCCUUUAAGUACCAUUUGCGUAGGGUAGUGAGUGAGAAUUUGCUUACUUUCGAGGAAUUUUCGACUUUGGCAGCACAGAUUGAGGCCUCUCUGAACUCUCAGCCUUUGUGCCCUUUAAACUCGUAUGGUGAGGAAAGUGUGGCAUUGACCCCGGGUCAUUUUUUGGUUGGAUCCGCACCUCUGUCCGUUCUUGAGUCCUGCUCUGAUCUGGGUGAACGAUUGACCUUGUAUCGGCGUUGGAACCUGCUUACUCAGAUGCGCAAUUCUUUUUGGGUUCGCUGGCGCAAGGAAGUCCUAAAUCAAUUUCAACAGAGAAGUAAAUAUCUUAAGAAACAGGAGAAUUUGCAAGUAGGUGACGUAGUGAUUUUGCGUAAUGAGCAAUCUCCUGCUGGUCAUUUGGCCAUUGGAUCGAGUGAUUGA